AUGGCAGAGGUGGGGUGGUGGCGGUGGUAUCUAGGGGGAGGGGCGGGGGAGGUGGGCAGAAAGAUAACGGCGGCGUCGUUCAGCUUUGCCAAGCAAGUUCCGUCGAGGAGCUGGUUUUCGGAUGCGUCAACGAGAGCAUUGGGGGGGGUUUGCAUGGAAACGAGGGUGUUCUGGAGGUACGAGUUGCCGGAGGAGGUACAAGGAAGGACGAUCAGGGCGAGGCAGAAGGGAGAAGGGGACUUUAUUUGCAUAAAUGAACUAGAACUAAUGGCGAUGGUGAUGACGACGUAUGUGAUGGUAAUUUCGAGGGGAGAUAGGCCGGAGCGGGAAGGAGAGGCGGUGAUAAUGAGGGCGGACAAUCAGAACGCCGUGUCGUGGGUGAAGAAGUGUGGGGGGGCGGGUAAGAAGAAGGCGAGGAUAGGGGCACUGAUGAGGGUGAUUGGGAGCCUUGGAGACGAUUGGGGGCUGGUGUUUUCAGGCGAGGCAUGUACCGGAUGUGGAGAAUAA